AUGAGCACAUCGGCAAUGCAUCCUGCUCCCGCGCCAGCACCCCAUCCCGCGAGCACAGCGACACCCCAUCCGGCUCCCGCGCCAGCACCCCAUCCCCCCAGCGCACCGCGUCCUACCAGCACAUCGACAAUGCAUCCUGCUCACGCGCCAGCACCGCAUCCCACGAGCACAUCGACACCACACCCCGCUCGCGCGCCGACAGCGCAUCCCGCUAGCAGGUUACCCCCGCCACAGCCCGAGCAGCGAUACCAGACUCCGCCCGAGUAUGAUGAAUACCCGCCACCGGCGACACCACCAGAGGGCAACUUCCAGACCGCGCUAGGCAACAGCACCUUCCUGCCGCACGAUCCCACCAACCCCCGAGACAUCGAGCAUGAGCAGUACAAGGCCGAGCAGGCGAAGCAGCACGAGCUGCAACGCCAAAUGGAGGAGAUACGCCAGAACCCGAUGGAUGCGAGGAACGGGCCGCAUUCGCAGUUGGAUCUGCUAAAGAGACAGCGGGAGUCGAUGCUCACCGAGGCAAACCAGAGAUACGAGUGGUCUGGACGACACGCGGCCGGGGAGGGACACACCGGCGUGAUGGACCAAGCCGACCUGCGGAUGGCGGCGUUGCCCGCGUUGGAUGACAGGAUCGGCAGAGCACAAUUCGCAAUCGAUCACCCCCUACCCCCGCCGAGAGAUCAUGAAAUGGAUGAGGAUCCCGCAGGCGGAGUGGAGCCUCACAUCAACAAUCGGCACGGUGGAGACUUUGAGCAUGGUGAGGACGAGCAGCAUUAUUCUCAGGCAGAUAUGGACCACAUGGGCCACCAGGGGAUUGACCACGAAGGGUAUCCGGACCACGAUUAUGAGGACCAUGGGGACAUGGGCGACGAGGAGGGGUUUGGGUAUGAGGAGGGACACGAUGGCGGUUAUGACGAGGAUCUCUUUGGGACGGGUCAUCCGCAUCAGCAUGGGCUGGAUGACUUUGAGGAUCACGGUGUGCAUUAA